UUUGAGAAGAACCUAACCAUAUUAAUUUGAAUAUUUUCAGAAAAAAUGUUUCAUUCUCGCGCAAUUAACAACAAGUCUUCGUACAACUACGCAGUCGCUAAUAGUAAUGGAAUCCACAGCCCGAAUCCUGCUAUGCCAAGCAUUAACGCAAUCUCAUACAAUCCUAACGGAGGACACAUGAAUCAGGUGCAAGCCUUCGAGUUGAUGAACACAACAUCAAGCUCCAACAGGCAGUUGAACGAUGCACUACACAGGCGUCCAUUCCAACCGAUAAACUUCAAUUAUGGGAAUGCUUCAGUCGAUAGACAACAUCUUCCAAGUACCAGCCAUGCUGUAAUUCAGGAGCCGGGGCCCUCUAAUUUUGUUACUAACACACUUAGCAACAACCAAGAGUCAGAUAAUAAACCAAACUCGGCUAUAAAAACCAACGUAGACACCACAGCUCUUCUUAAAAAAGGCAACGAAAAUAUACGUAUCUUUACCGGAACUCCCGAAAAAAUUGUGAAAUGGCACAGGCUGUACAGAAACUACUUCUGUUUCUACGAAGUUAUAAGCGCGAUCGUAUCAAUACAGGAAGGUACAGUGCGUUUGCAAAAAGUAAUGUUGUUGCGUGACAAAAAGGGCCCGAUAUUACAAGUUGUCCAUUAUGUAAAUGACCAUAUUGACAUUGAAAAUUUUUUCGUUGGUCAAAUUUUGAGAUGUGUCGGACGUAUGGUUGGUCCAAGUGUAAUGCACGGUUUAAGCAUACGCCAGGCAAAACCUGACGAGAUUGGUUCCCUUCAGCGCAUGUGCUUCAUUUCUGAUCAUGCCAUUUCGAAAUUGAAAAAAAAUUAAGUGGUUUAAUUGUAGAUCUAAAGUUGCUAAUAUUAAGUUCUACCUAAUUGUGUUUAAAUUCUGAAUUUGAUGAUUUUGUGUUAAAAAUAAAAUUCUGUUUUUG